AUGGACGAUGUCAGUGUUGAUAUCGGGGAUAUGACAAGAGAUGUUGAUGCGUUUACUGCCGACAUGUUAUAUUCACCAAUUACUCAAGAGGAGUUAGCAGCUGCUUUAGACAAUCUCAAAACUUCAAAAUCUCCAGGGUCGCCUGAUGAAGAAAAUUCUGUCCACACCCCUCCUCCAGUUGCUAGACCUGUUGUCUCCACCCUUCCUCCAGAUGCUUUAUCCACCGUUCCCUACCCUCCUUCAGACGUAACAUACACUGUCCCUACCCCUCCCCCAGAUAAUAAACCUGUUGUCUCCACCCUUCCUCCAGAUGCUUUAUCCACCGUUCCCUUCCCUCCUUCAGACGUAACAUACACCGCCCCUACCCCUCCUCCAGAUACUAAACCUGUUGUCUCCACUAUUCCUCCAGAUGCUUUAUCCAUCAUUCCCUUCCCUCCUUCAGACGUAACAUACACUGCCCCUACCCCUCCUCCAGAUACUAAACCUGUUGUCUCCACUCUUCCUCCAGAUGCUUUAUCCACCAUUCCCUUCCCUCCUUCAGACGUAACAUACACUGCCCCUACCCCUCCCCCAGAUAAUAAACCUGUUGUCUCCACCCUUCCUCCAGAUGCUUUAUCCACCAUUCCCUUCCCUCCUUCAGACGUAACAUACACUGUCCCUACCCCUCCUCCAGAUACUAAACCUGUUGUCUCCACUCUUCCUCCAGAUGCUUUAUCCAUCGUUCCCUUCCCUCCUUCAGACGUAACCUACACUGUCCCUAUCCCUCCUCCAGAUAAUAAACCUGUUGUCUCCACUCUUCCUCCAGAUGCUUUAUCCAUCGUUCCCUUCGAAAUUACGUCCUUCAGAUGUUGCAUCCACAGUCCCCACCCCUCCUCCAGAUGCUAA